AUGGAGGGGGACAUGCCCACGGACUUCCUGCAAGACCUCGAUCUGUGGCUCUCACAGGACACCACAGCUUCUCCAGCAAUCAACACACAUACACUAGACCUAGCAGCAUCAAAUGCCGGUCUUUCGAGCCUCGAGGCUGCAUUAUUGGCGCCUGGAGCUCCGCAGACAGAUGCGGCCACUACCGACAGCCUUGCAGCGGCGUUAACAGACGAGUCGCUGCCCUGGACGGCACUUACAGAGUCCCAUCCAAUUGCCAAAGCUGCAGAGAUGCUAUCAGUGCCGAUUCCGACCGCUCCGACAACUCAAAGCGCCGUAGAAGCACCGAAACCCAAGAGACCACGGAAGGGCAGGCCCCCCGCUGCCGCCUCCAAGGCGUCAGGCGUGGAGCCGCCGCAGAAGAAGGCCAAGACCAACAAGAGCACGAGCCAGAGGCAGAAGGAGGAGCUGGCUUAUCUACGAGAGAAGUCGGAGCAGUUAGAAGUGGAGCUGACCUCGUUGAAGCAGAGGAAUCGGGAGGAGCUCGAGAGGCAGCAGAGAGAACAGGAGCAGAAGGAGCUGAGUGGAGUCGGCGGUGAGAUGCCCACGGCCAUGGUAACUAGAAGAUUGAACGAGUUCGGCGCACCUGCGCAGCCGGAGGUGUCGUUGUGGGAGCGGAUCGCCAAGAGACAGAGAGAGGAGAAGGCCAAGGCUGAAUUGGAGAACGUGAAGCUGCGCGAGAUGGUGCAGAGCCAGAUGCGCCUUGUCAAGAGCUUCGAGCGGCUGCUGCGGAAGAGAAAGAUUUGGGACCAGCUUCAGGAGAACAGCAGUAGUCAAGAGGGAGGAGAAGCCCGGAAGGAGGAGGAAGUGCUCGAGGAAAUGGUGCGCGAUGUGGACGCCCGGUAUCCGCAAGUCGACAAGGUCUUGAGCGAGCACGGCCUCGGUGCAUCCGACCCAGCGGUGGAUGUGAAGGAUGGCGCCAACAUGAAAUAUUCACCUACAGACGGCAUGUAUCUCGAGUACAAGGAGAAGAAGUACAUGCCCUUCGACUACACAGUGCUGGAUGAAGUGGUGUGGCGAUCGUUCGGCGAAGGCAAGCUCAAGCUCGAGGACAGUCAGCUGACGAUCAUCAAGAACACGGACGAGAUGCUGUUCUCCAGGACGAUCAUGCCGCUGACGCGAAAAGGUUCAAGCGACAAGAAGGACCUGGGAAACUCUGUCAACCUCUCAGUCAUGAAGCGGUUCACCGAGACACAACGCAUCGUGUACGUGUGGCAUGCCAGCACAAGCGUGAAGAACCCGCAGGACGGUACCAGAUCUCCAGUGCUUCUCGUGCAGAAAGGUUAUGCGAUUAUGGAGGCCGCAACGCUCCCCGACGGGUCCCCUGGUAGUGUCGUCCGAAGCUACACCAACUCGGUGCCUACUCUUUCAAGCCGACCUUCAGAAGGAGACAUGGAGCAACAGCAAGAGCAGAACCGCGAAGCGGGUCUCCUGACAGAGAUGGUGUUUGCUGCGUAUCAGCAGAGUCGGCAGAGUAUCAACCAGACACUGGAAAACCUUUUACUGGAUGAAAUGAUGGCGAGGAACGCUACGGUGACCCCGGCGACGUCGGGUGCAGACACGGACAUCAGCUUAUAG